GCGCACAUGAGUCAGUGCGCGGAGGACACGCGCUCGCUCGCUCGCUCACUCACUCACUCUCUCCAUCAUUUAUGAUCGCUGUUUCUCCCCGCUGCUCAUUUGCUCCGCGUCUUCGAUCACUCCUUGCGUUCUGAAACACAAACCCGCGGCGUUCAGUGACAUGAUACCGCAGGCAUGUGAUGUGUCCAUAUGCCAAGGGCUUCUAAAUGACCAUCCGCGUGCGUAAAGAAGCGCUUCCAUUCACCAGAACUGUUUCGCUGUCAUCCUGUGCGCUCCGCUUUGGCUUCUUCCCGGAGAAGAAAGAGAGAGACUUGAUUUUUUUCUCCCCACAGCUGUUUUGGGUGUAAAUGUUGAAGCUUGAAUGGCUGGAGCUCAACCUGGCGUUCAUGCGCUUCAACUCAAGCCGGUGCGCGUGUCCGAGAGUCUGAAGCGAGGCAGUAGAUUUAUGAAAUGGGAUGAGGAUUCUUCUACUGUGACUCCAGUGACGUUACGCGUCGAUCCGCAGGGAUACUUCCUGUACUGGACGGAUCAGAAUAAGGAAACAGACCUAUUGGACAUCACCUACAUCAAAGAUGCAAGAACAGGGAAAUGCACCAAAACGCCAAAGGAAGCAAAGCUCCGGGAGCUCCUGGAUGUGGGUAAUCUGGUGGGACGGAUAGAGAACCGGAUGCUGACGGUGGUGACGGGACCUGACAUGGUCAAUAUCCAGUACCUGAACUUCAUGGCCUUCCAAGAAGAAGUCGCCAAGGAGUGGGCAGAUGAGCUGUUUAGUCUGGCAUCCAACCUACUCGCUCAGAACAUGGGCAGAGAAUCCUGUCUGGAGAAAGCCUUCACGAGACUCAAGCUGCAGACCAAUCAAGAGGGUCGCAUCCCUGUGAAAAACAUAUUCCGCAUUUUCUCGACUGACCGGAAGCGCGUGGAAACGGCACUGGAGAGCUGUAAUCUUCCGUCCGGCCGGAAUGACUCCAUCCCUUUGGAGGAUUUGACCCCUGACGUUUACAAAUCGUUCAUCAGCCAUCUCUGCCCACGAUCUGAGAUUAACCAAAUAUUUGCUGAUCUUGGCGCGAAGGGCAGAAACUUUCUCACCCUGGAUCAGAUGACGGAAUUCAUAAACAACAAACAGCGGGACCCUCGUCUGAACGAGAUCUUGUACCCGCCGCUGAAGCCUGAACAAACCCAGAGCCUCAUGGAGAAAUUUGAGCCCAACCCAGGAAUGAUUCAAAAAGGGCAGAUCUCAGUCGAGGGCUUCUCCAGGUAUCUGAUCAGUCAAGAGAACAGCGUCAUUCCUGCAGAAAAACUGGACCAGAGUGAAGACAUGACCUUCCCUCUCUCUCAUUACUUCAUCAACUCCUCCCACAACACCUACCUCACAGCGGGUCAGCUUGCGGGUAACUCCUCGGUGGAGAUGUAUCGGCAGACGCUGCUGUCUGGCUGCCGCUGUGUGGAGCUGGACUGCUGGAAGGGGCGUACGGCGGAGGAGGAACCCGUCAUCACACACGGCUUCACCAUGACCUCAGAAAUCUCCUUCAAGGAAGUGAUUGAAGCUAUAGCGGAGUGUGCUUUCAAAACGUCUCCUUUCCCCGUCAUCCUGUCCUUUGAGAAUCAUGUGGACUCCCCCAAACAGCAAGCCAAAAUGGCAGAAUAUUGCAGAUCGAUAUUCGGGGACGCACUUCUGACCGAGCCGCUUGAGAAAUAUCCUCUCGAGUCUGGAGUUCCUCUGCCAAGCCCUCAAGAGCUCAUGGGAAAGAUCCUCAUCAAGAACAAGAAAUCUCACCCGAAACCAUCUGACGGGAGCACGAAGAAGAAGCUGUCCGAGCAGGUGUCCAACACCAACAGCGACUCGUCCAGCGUGUUUGAGCCUUCGUCACCCAGCGCUGGACCUGCAGCGCCUGCAGAGGUGGAGGCUGAGGAUGACGAGGAUGAAGAUGAUGACGAUGACGACUGUAAGAAGUCAGACGAGGGUACAGCAGGAUCUGAAGCCUUUGCCACAGAAGAAAUGUCCACGCUGGUCAAUUACAUCCAGCCGACCAAGUUCCACUCCUUUGAGGUUUCCAAGAAAACCAAGCGCAGUUAUCAGAUGUCAUCGUUUGUGGAGACCAAAGCCCUGGAGCAGCUCACGAAGACACCGGUGGAGUUUGUAGAAUACAACAAAUUUCAGCUGAGCAGAAUCUAUCCCAAAGGAACUCGGGUGGAUUCCUCCAACUACAUGCCGCAGGUGUUCUGGAACGCCGGCUGUCAGCUUGUAGCACUCAACUUUCAGACCAUCGAUCUGUCCAUGCAGCUGAACCUCGGCAUGUACGAGUACAACGGGAAAAGUGGCUACAGGCUCAAACCAGAGUUCAUGAGGCGACCGGACAAGCAUUUCGACCCCUUCACAGAAAGCACAGUGGAUGGGAUUGUAGCCAAUACCUUAUCAGUAAAGAUCAUAUCAGGACAGUUUCUGACUGACAAGAAGGUGGGCGUUUAUGUGGAGAUUGACAUGUUUGGACUUCCAGUUGACACGAGACGAAAAGCUUUCAAGACAAAGACGUCCCAAAGCAACGCCAUCAAUCCUGUGUGGGACGAGGAGCCCAUCGUCUUUAAAAAAGUUGUGUUGCCCACCCUCGCUUCCCUCAGGAUAGCCGUGUUUGAAGAAGGAGGGAAGUUCAUUGGUCAUCGGAUCAUUCCCGUCUCAGCCAUUCGUCCGGGUUAUCGUUACAUCGGUUUGAGAAAUGAAAAGAAUCAAGCUCUAAUUCUUCCUGCUAUAUUCGUGUAUAUCGAGGUGAAAGACUACGUACCGGAUACAUUUGCUGAUGUCAUUGAAGCGUUGUCCAACCCCAUCAGAUACGUCAACCUAAUGGAGCAGAGAUCCAAACAGCUGGCGGCUCUCACUUUAGAGGAAGGAGAAGAGGAGAAAGACACCAAAGAGGCGGAUCCGGGUGUUGAAAACCCCUCAGAGGUUAAAAGCGAACCCAAACCCGCCCCGGUUGAGAACGGAUUGAGUCACACGCCCAGCGCGGCUCCUAAACCCGCGUCCCAGAUCAGCACACAGCCACAGUCCACAGGCUCAACGAAACCAGCGGCAAAAACUGAAGAUCUUAUUCAAAGCGUCCUCACCGAGAUGGAGGCGCAAACCAUCGAGGAGCUCAAACAGCAGAAGGGAUUCGUUCGGGAGCAGAGACGACACUAUAAAGAGAUGAAGGACCUGGUGAAGAAACAUCACAAGAAAACCACUGAGAUGAUCAAGGAGCACACGGCCAAAUACAAUGAAAUCCAGCACGACUACCUCCGCAAACGGGCCGUCCUGCUGAAGUCUGCAAAACGAGAUGGUAAGAAGAGGUGUCUGUCGUCCAGUCCUGAACACGGACCCUCGUUCUUCGAGCAGGAACUGGCCAGUUUGGAUCAAGACAGCGGACUGAAACUGUCUGAACUCAAAGAGCAGCAGCAACAGCAGCUACUGAAUCUCCGUCAGGAACAGUAUUACAGCGAGAAGUACCUGAAGAAGGAACACAUUAAACAGGUUAUCGAGAAGCUGACCGGCAUCGCUGAAGAAAGUCAAAGCAACCAAAUGAAGAAAAUCAAGGAGCUGUGUGAGAAAGAAAAGAAAGAACUGAAAAAGAAAAUGGACAAGAAGAGACAAGAGAAGAUCAAUGAAGCCAAAUCAAAGGAGAAGCACUUGACAGAAGAGGAGAAGCUGGAAAUCAACCGCUCUUAUGUGAACGAGGUGGUGCAGCACAUUAAGAGGCUGGAAGAUGCUCAGACUAAAAGACAUGAGAAGCUUGUAGAAACCCAUAAAAGCAUUCUGCAACAAAUAUUAGAUGAGAAACCCAAGCUUCAGAAUGACCUGGAUCAGGAAUACCAGGACAAAUUCCGGCGGCUUCCAUUGGAGAUCCAGGAGUUUGUGCAGGAAAGCACCAAGAGAAAGACUGAGGAUGUAGAGCAGGAAGUUCUUCCCUCUUCCUCCACGCUGGAGAAACUGAUGCAGAAGGGCGCACAAUCUGAAGACGACACAGAAGAGGAGAAGAAAGACUGAUCGGACCAUUUCAGAAACCUUCAGGAUCUCUUCCCACUUCACUUUACGUUCUUUCAUUUACAUAUUAGACAUUUUUUGAAGGGUUGCGUUUGCUCCAGGAGAUAUCGACAGCUGACGAAGGAGAGCUCGUGGAAACGCUGCAUCUGUAUCACGCUGGGAGUUAUUUUAUUUCGGUUUGUUUAGUCUACUUGACUGGGUACAUACUAAGGUUUAAAUAUGAAUUAUUUGUAAUGUUCUGUUGAUGUGCAUCUCAUAAUAAUGAAUGAAAACAAAAGUGUUUUAAUGGAAGAGAACGCAGGUCAUGAUACUGUAUAGAGAUACUGUAGCGAUCAAUUAUCUUUAACGGAUGAAUCUCACAAAAACAUCCUGGUCACAGCAGUCCGAGUCAUAUGUCACCACAUUCUUGGGAGUUUUUGGGAUGAAAUAUGACCCGGAUGUGUUCUCGACAGGCUUUGUGAGAUUCACUUUUAAGGCCCGUUCACACCAAGGACAAUAACGAUAAAGAUGUGUCUCAAAUUAUGCACUAUACACUAUGUACUUAUGCACUAUGUACUCAACCAUGUAGUGUAUGAAACGAUAUCGUGGGAAUCACUUUCAGAACAAUUUUUUUCCAGCUGAUGAACGAUAAAAACAUUGACAACCAAUCAGAAUCAAUCUUGCUUUCAGAGCUUGAUCAUUUAAAGCAGUAGAUGACAAAACUGCUUAGAAUAAACAGAACGAUGUUGUGCAUUGUUCUGGACGAUAUUAUAGUUAUCUUUAUAGUAGGGCUGUCAAAAUUAGCGCAUUAUAAUAGGGCUGUCAAAAAUUAUAUAAAAAAUGUGAAUUUAGAUUUAUCUGCCAAUAUAUCGGUUAUCGGCUUUCAAAUAUAAAGAGUUAUCGGUAUUGGCCAAAAUUUUCAUAUCAGCGCGUGAACGUAUAAUGUAACUAGAUAAAAAAUGACGGAAAAAAAUAGAUACGAUGUUAACUGCGUUAAACAUUUUUUAACUCGUUAAACUUUUAAUGUCAUUUUUUAGCUAGUGUUACAUUAUAUGAUCAUGCUCUUAUUCGCGCAAAUGCUUUUAAUCUAGGGAUGCACUGAUAUGAAAAUUUUGGCCGAUACCGAUAAUUCUUUCUAUUUGAAAGCCGAUAACCGAUAUAUUGGUCUCGCCAUUAAAAGCUAUGUCACACAAGCACACAAUUAUAAUUAUUAUAUAAUAUUUACAAUUAUAUAAACCAUUGAAGAUGCAAAAAAUAUCUCAGAUCUGUACUGGAGCGCUGUCUGUGAAUCUCCUGUCUAUGUGACAGACACACGAGAAAGCUGCUUCGGACAGCGCACAAGUACAGCAUUGAGUUCUCUUUCACGCUCAAAUGAAUCGUGCAAAAACACACAAAAUUAUGCCAAAAUGCCUGUUUUGUCGAGUACCCUCGUACGCACAGUCUUAAAUGAGGUAAAUAAAGUCUUAAAUUAACGUAAAGUGUUGUGAGAAAAUGCAUGUCAGAUCCGUGUCAUGUGAGUCAGCUCUUAAAGUGACAGCAGCCUAAUAAACCUGCUGCUGUCUGUGUCAUUAAGCUGCAUUCAUACAGGGAGUCAACGCUUGACGGAGGGCGUGUCUGAAGCUUGGUGCUGACACAACCGUCAUAAUGACAAAAGCCAAUCACAUUACUUUCCAGUGUUGCAUGAACGCAAUUGGCUAGCAUCCGCACUAGGGUAUUUGCAUAAGGCGAUUCGAUUGGCUGACGCCUGCGUUGGCAUUUGAAAAGUUGAAAAUUUUUCAACUUCUGCCACGGGCAACGCCAGUGAUGCGAUGCAACACAACCCACAAUUCAGUUCGGCAACGCAUGACAUCAACCAUUCAAAGUAAAUGAGAAGCGUUAAUGCCGACUAAUUUGGAGAUUAAAUGUGAAAUUAUUUCAAUAUAAAAUAUAUUAAAAUCUUUAAUGUUAGGUGCAAUUGUAAUCGUGAUUAAUUAGUUAAUUUUAUUUAAUCGAUUGACAGCACAACUUUAUAGUUAUUGUUGCUGGUGUGAACGGGCCUCUACAGACAUGAGAGUUUCUGAAAGGUUCAUGGUUUAUUUGCACUGAAACGGAUGAUGAUUAUUUGAUUCAUCUUCUUGCAAAAGUUGCUGCUGAGUGCUUGAGUUUUGCUGUAUAUAUUACAGGAGUGAUUUUUCCACCUGUACUAAUGAACAUAUACUGGUCUGGAGGUGCUGAAACCCUGUCCAACACUGACCUGGAACAGUUUCAGGGAUGCAUGCUUACAGUCAGCCGAGCGUUUGUGCUUCUACACAUUUGUAAAUGUCAGCAAUAUAGCUUGUGUUGUAAUGUGAUGAACUAUUAUCAAUUUGUGAAGAUGUGUUUCAAGAUAUAAGCUUUUUUCUUUUUGAACCCAUAACAGACACAGUUGGGUUGUUUUAAAAAAUAUAUAUAUAUAUAUAAAUGCAUAGUGGUUUAUUUGCUGUAUUAAGGGACCAUUUCAAUUCCAGUUUCUGUUUAGGAAACUGUUUUAAUUCUUUCUUUUGUUACUGCAGUUUGUCGUACGGGCAGAAUUUUCCGAUUAGCAUCAAUAGGUCACCUUAAUCAAUGAGUGAAUCUCACAAAAACAUGUUCAGGUCAUUUUCACCCCAAAAUCAGUGACAAUUUUUUUUCAGCAUAAAAGGCACUAUGUUUAAAAAUUCAGUAAUAAUGCAUCCAUUUUUAGGGGUUCAAGCGUGUAGCGCUGAAACCCUAUUGUAAUUGUUAAAUUUUCCAUGGAUCAGCAUUCUCCAUUAAGCAUAGGCUCAAGUGUCUUAUAUCGUUGGAAUCCUUGGCUCUAGAGUCGCUUGUCGAAAUAUUAGCUAAAUUUUCAGGUAUUUUGGAUUUUUUGAAAAACCUACUUUUGAGAACUAGUACUAGGUUUUUGGCCCAAUCGGAUCAGUGCAGCAAGAUUCUCUGUAUCAAGAGUCUCAUUGUCAAUAAUUAUCAAAACAAAGUUAAAAUUUCGAUUCACGGUCCCUAAAGGCUGCCAAAACGCUCAAAGUAGGCGGAGCCACUUUUACUAAAAUGGCUAUAAGUCGUGAACGGAAUGAGAUAUUUUCACCAAAUUUGGCACACCUAUGUAGGAGCUCAUUCUGUGGUCACAUGACAAAAGACACAGUGACUAGCCACUUGGUGGCGAUAUAACAGAGAAAAAAUCAUUAAAAUGGCUAUAACUACUUCAUCAUUAGUACAAUUGACUUGAAAAUUGGCAUGCAGUGUCUUGGUCCAAGGUGCCAUGAUUGUGUAUGAGGACAUUGAAGUAUCUCAAAAAACAUGUCCGCCAUCAGCCAAUGAAUUUUGAGCAGCUAUCAGACAAGGUUAACGGAGGCCGAUCGAAAUGAAACUCGCUGGGCCUGUUUGACUCACGACCCUAGAGGCCUGUGAGAAAUUUGAUAGAAAUCGGCCACUGGGGGGGCGCCGUAGUUGGCGAACUAGUCCUAGGUUUUUGGCUUAACCUCUCUAACUGUUAAAAAGCUUUUAAAACCAUAUAUUUUUAUGUUAAAUUUCCUGUAUUUGCUGUAAAUGGUCUUUUCCAUCUAUGAUUGAGAUGGUUACAGGCUUGCUAAAUAAACAUAAUACCUUUUACGCAUGUGCUUAAAGAACUUAUAGAGCUUGAACCCCAAUAAUUGCUGCUCGCACCUAUAUUUUUUAUUGUUAUUUUUUUGCAUUACAGUAAUAUUUUGGGUGGGGGGUGGCGCGAUGUGCUUAAUGUCAUAAAAAUCGCGUGACAAAGGACGCAGCAACUGGCCACUUGGUGGCACUAUAACAGGAAAUAUUUUAAUGUCAUUAAAUAAGCUUUGUUUUCUUUAUACAAAAUAUUAUUUCUUAUUGAUUUUGGGGUAAAACAUGACCUGGGCGUAGGUUUCUUGAGAUUCACCUCAGUAAUAAAUAAAAUUAGUAAUGCAGAUGAAGGCAAAAAAGAAAAAAAAAAGAAAAAAAAAAUGGAUAUGCACUUUGGAUGUCCCGAGGUAUUAUGCAAUCUUUCUACAGAAGUCAGAAAGCAUGUAAUAUUUUCUUUUUAUUAUGUUCCGUUUUGGAUGUAGGAUAUGUUUAAGGAUUUUUAUGCCAAGUGAAAUUUGAUUGUUAAUUCUUUUCUACUUUUAUGCCAUACAUCUAUAAUUAAUUAGUGAUUUCAUUAAGCACUUUGAUUAGCUGUUAUUUCUACUUGCUCUCUAGAUUAUAAUUUAACUAAGAGUUUUUACUUUUUUAAAUCUUUUUAAUCUGCUCCAAUUGGGUUAGUUAUGUAUUUCAAGUUUAUCAACACCAAGUUUGACAUUUCGUUUUCUGUAUAUUUGCAAGGUUUUGAUAUUUAUAAUGCUCAAUCUGAUCUAUGUGAAAUACUAAAAAGCCAAAAUGUGUUUCUUGUCACUUUCUUUUGAGAUUGGUCUGACUAAACUGUCUUAAAACACAAAUGUUGAAACCUUGCAUAAUAUCUGUUUACAAUUUGCUUUGAAAAGAGUCUUGAUCAUUUGAGUGACGUCAUUGGGAAGCAGCUGCAGCUACUAAAGAGCGUUUAUCAUUUACUCAAUGACUUAAUUUCCCCAUGAUCACUAGUUUACAUGUAAAAUGAAUCCUGUAUAUUCACUUCCAGAAGUAUUAUUGAAUUUUUACAACACGAUUCUGUGCCAUUGUUUCCUUUCGACCAAAAUCUUUUUUGCAAUGUAAGAUUACUUGAAUUACUUUUAUGACUCGAGAAUAUUUUUGAUCGUUUUGAAGUGAAGUCCCGUGCCUUUGAAUGUUCAAUCUAUGUUAGAUGUGGAAUGUAAAAAGUGUUGAUGAAUAGAGCUCAUUUUUGUAUAAACCGUAAGCGCACUUUUAAGAUAUUUAUACUACUACAGAGUUAGAUAGGCUAGAUAUGACGUGUCAGACUAUUGAUCAUGAAUGCUACUGAAUGCCACUUUAUUAUUUUCAACUUCUGUUGACAGAAAAGAUCCCGAUUUAACAUUUAAUGACAUUUGAUUUUGUCCACUUCUGUUAUUAGUUUGACAAAUAUCAAGAUCUUUGGAAGACAAAUAUUGUUGAAUGUAAGUCGUGCUCGUGUUGUGCAUUGGUUUUAAUAAAAUUGUUCUUGUGAA